GUCAACAUUUUUACGCCUGUGCCGCGACGCGAUUGUCGUGACGCGAAAACGCGAGGGAGGAGGAACGCGAAUGGAGGCCGUUGGUGUUUCAGAGCCGAAACAAUCGAGGGACAAAUACAGUAGCAAAACUUAAAUAGAAAGCCUGUGGAUCUUUAUAUUCCGUUAAAUCGAAACCUAUAUCUCAGAUACACGGACAACUGUGCUGGUGGAGCUCGAGAAGCAGUGCUUGUCAGUAUUUAGUGUUUGUUUAUAGUGUUGGUGGAGCUCAGAGGCCCGGAUUCACUCUCUUCACAUUAACCAGGGAAUAUGAGACAGAUGCCACAAUGACAUCUAGAUUUGGAAAAACAUACAGCCGAAGAGGCGGCGAUGGGACCUCCAAGUUUGACGAGGUGUUGUCCAAUAAAAGAGCCACGCUCAGCACCAAAUGGGGCGAGACGACUUACAAAGCCAAGGUUGGAGCAAAGAGGCCUGGUUUGAAGACCGAGGUGACCGAUCAAACCAAGAGGUCCAAGGUCUCGGACGGUGAUGGCUCAGAGGAUCCAUUUGGAUUCGACAGUGAUGACGAAUCCAGGCCAGUCACAUCUCGUAACGUAGCCCAGCCUAAACCCAAGGUGACGUCCAUGGGGGGAUCCCAGGCCAGUCUAACACUGGAGCCCAACAGCAGGGUGAACCAGCCCGCCAGUGUAGAGGCCGUGGCACCCAGCUGGGCCCCUUUUGCUCUCAGCACUGAGAGAAGUGCUCACAAAGUGCCAGAGGAUCCUGGGAAAUUUUUUAACACCUCUACUACAGGAAAAACCCAGAGUUGGUCCAUUGAGAGCACAGACCACCACAGCUACUCAUGGUACAAAAACCCUUCUGAAAGCGACACGAGACCUCUUGCCCAGACCACCACGUUAAAGUCUGAAAAAACAGAGGACAAUGAUUCUUAUGAUGCCUGGAGCGCUGUGGUCGGUCUGGGAGCACGCUCCACAUCCCUCUUUACCGGACCUAAAGACCCUCCGUCUACCUUGUGGGCAUCGAGUAGUUACAGUCACAGCAACAUUCAGGGCAAAUCCUCUACUGAGACUCGGUUAGACGAGUUUGGCCAAAGAGACUUUAAUGUUCCCGUUGAGCCAUCUGAAAGCGAGGACCACUCUCAGUCUGUGCUCAGGGCAUCCAACUGCAGAACGUACUGCAGACCCAAUAAAGGCAAACAGCCUGGUGGACCCGAUGGAAGUGUUUCCAGUCAUAGCUCCACAGGAGUGUUGCAGAACAGCGGGGCUGAAAAUGCUGGGAAAACAACAAACAGAAGUCGGACGAGAGACUUUACAGUGCUACAUCCAUCUUGUGUUUCCAUGUUUAACGUCACCUUCCAGGACUCUAUGGACCGCAGUAUGGAGGAGUACACAGCCAGCGCCCCAGCAGCUGGUCCGGGAGAUGCAGGAAGACUGAGGAAGAAAACCGAGACAGAAAGCAAACCUUUCAGUCAAUCCAGACCCACACAGAGCAAAAUGAAGAGCAGUAAGCUGAAACUCUUUGGGUUUGAUGAGUCUGAUGCUGUGCCUGAGGAUGACGACUCCGCUUCAGGAAGCUCUAACUACAGGAUCAAAUACUUCGGCUUUGAUGACAUGAGUGGGAGUGACGGUGAGGAAGAGGAGGGUUCCUCUGAAAGAAGGAAACUCAAGAGGAAGGCUGCAGCAGUGCCACUGAUGUAUACAGAGACUUAUGUUGACAGUCCUCAGACCAGAGUGAUGCAGAGCUCUCAGAGCAGUCACACUGCAGGUCACAGUUACAGCCUUGAAAACGAUCCUCUGGAGUUCCCAGAAGUCCUCAUUCCCUCUGAAACAGUAAGGAGACCUCAGGUCAAAGCUCAGGAGACAGCCAAGGAGAGCAGCAGGAAGAUCUUCAGUGGACCUAAGAAGUCGCCUACUAAAGCUGUGUAUAAUGCGAGACACUGGAACCAGCCAGAGCCAGAAGAUCUGCUGCCUAUGCCUCCAUCCCGAUCUCAGGCUCCUCCAGCCGCUUCAUCGGGAGGCAGUAAAGAGUCGAACACACACAAGGACGAUGGAGUGUUCAAAGCUCCAGCUCCUCCUCCCAAAGUCAUCAAGUCCGUCACUAUCCCCACAGAACCUUACCAGGACAUGGUCACUGCACUUAAAUGUAGGAAAGAACACAAGGAGGCCGCUUCAUCGGGAGGCAGUAAAGAGUCGAACACACACAAGGACGAUGGAGUGUUCAAAGCUCCAGCUCCUCCUCCCAAAGUCAUCAAGUCCGUCACUAUCCCCACAGAACCUUACCAGGACAUGGUCACUGCACUUAAAUGUAGGAAAGAACACAAGGAGUGCAGCACCUCUGUUUCUACUGUACAAGUCGUCGUUCUCUCACAGGCCGCUUCAUCGGGAGGCAGUAAAGAGUCGAACACACACAAGGACGAUGGAGUGUUCAAAGCUCCAGCUCCUCCUCCCAAAGUCAUCAAGUCCGUCACUAUCCCCACAGAACCUUACCAGGACAUGGUCACUGCACUUAAAUGUAGGAAAGAACACAAGGAGUUGUACACCGUUGUCCAGCACGUGAAGCACUUCAAUGAUGUGGUGGAGUUUGGCGAGAAUCAGGAGUUCACAGAUGACUUUGAGUAUCUUGCCACUGGUCUGAAGACUGGUCAACCACUUAACACACGCUGCCUUAGUGUUAUUAGUUUGGCCACACGGUGCGCCAUGCCCAGUUUCAGGAUGCACCUGAGGGCUCGUGGGAAAGUGGCUCAGGUCUUUAAAACUCUCAGUGAUGCACCUCAACAUCCAAAUCUAGCUCUAUGUACGGCCUCUCUGAUGUACAUCCUCAGCCGAGACCGCUUGAACAUGGACCUGGAUCGGGCCAGUCUGGAUCUAAUGAUUCGUUUACUGGAAUUAGAACAGGACAAAUCCAUUGCUGAUCAGCUAACGACAAAAGAGAUGAACAAAGUAAAAGAAAAGAUUCGCAAACUCUGCGAAACGGUCCAUAAUAAGCAUCUCGACUUGGAGAAUAUCACGACGGGUCAUUUAGCAACGGAGACAUUGUUGUCGUUGACGUCGAAGAGAGCAGGGGAUUGGUUUAAAGAAGAGCUCCGGCUUCUGGGAGGCCUGGACCACAUUGUAGAUAAAGUUAAAGAGUGUGUGGAGAACCUGAGCCGAGAGGAUGAUAAGGAGAACCUAGUGGCGUCAUUGUGGGGUGCUGAGAGAUGUUUGCGUGUUCUAGAAAGUGGUCUGGGCUUGCUUAUUAAUCUGGUUGAGUACAGCGCGAGGAACAGACACUGUCUGGUGGAGCUGCAGAUGGAGGGAGGUGAAGUCUGGGACUCCAUGUGCGUGUCUGACAAAGAUGAGUUGCAAACUGAGAGAUCUCGCAGCGCCAUUGCUGCUCUGGUGAAGCUUUUUCUUCAGAGAGAGCAUGCAGCCAUAUUGGCGGAGACGGAGACGGAUGACUUCAUCAAUGAUGCGCCAAAGUCCCAAUUGGACCAGAGUGGAGAAUGGAAAGAGACCAAUGAAGAGAUCCAGUGGGUAGCUUCAGAAAACAACAGCACAGAGGAUAAGAAGAAGGGAGAGGAGGAUGAAGAACUUGAUCUCAACAAAGCUCUUCAGCAUGCUGGCAAGCACAUGGAGGACAGUAUUGUGGCGUCAUACACUGCACUGCUUUUGGGCUGUCUGUGCCAGGGGAGCCCUAUGAAUGUGACUACUGUGAGGGAAAACCUGCCAAAAGGGGAUUUUUCAGUCAUGACAGAGAUGCUGAAGAAGUUCUUGAAUUUCAUGAACCUUACAUGUGAUGUGGGCACCACGGGACAGAAGUCUAUCUCCAGGGUCAUUGAUUAUCUGGAACACUGCUAGUGUGUUUGCAGAGCUCCACACACAGACUUCAGAUCACUGCUGCCCAACCCCAACACACCUGGAAAACAACCCACCAUCAUCAUCAUCAUCAUCAUCAACCAGUACCUUCAUCAUUCAGACUGUAAAGAAUUAAAUCUAAAGCACAUCAUACUCCCAGAACUCUAUUAAAAGGAGCUGUUUUGAUUGAGUUUGUCACAAUCUGUUCACCUAUUUCGUCUUAAAAUGUUUUUAUCACGAAAUAAUUGUGUUCCUCGCAUAACAAUCCUCCCUAAUCUGGCGUCUAUUGAUCAGUCGCCUUGGAAGCUGGUUUUCAUUGGCAGAAAUGGAGAGAGUGGCUUUGAUAAAACUUGUUAAAGGAUGUCUCCCCCUCUGUUUGUUUUAUUCCACUCUCAAGUCUGUGAAUUUAAAAGCGUUCAACACUGACCUGUACGAUUGGAGGGCGAAUCCAAAACCGCAUUCGAAAUUCUGGUCCUCUUUGAAAUGCCGCAAAGACAUGCCCUCCUGGUUCAAAUCUAUUCUCUUCGCUUCAGGAUGUGCUCCCUUUGUGUUGCACAAAUUCGUUUUUAAUCGAUAUCGCUAUGUCAAAGGUCUGCGAAGGAAUAAAUUACAUCACUUCCCAUUUCACUAGGGCAGGAAAGGGACAAAGCGUUUUUAGAAUGUUGUAGUAGUCGUAAUUUUUAACCGUAUUUUCCAAAUGCCAGAACGUUAACUUUAAUGUUAACAAACUUGAUGUCCAAACCUUAUGUGGUUCAAAAUCGACAGUCAGACUUAUUAAAUCGUGCAAUAUGCCGAAUUAUGCUUGGCUGCAGUACUGUGUUGUGCAAGAGAGAAAUGAUUAGGAAUUUGAAUGAAUUCAAAUGCGUUUUUGAAGCCAGGAAAUGUCAUCCAUGGGUUUGGGUCAUGGCUACAUGGUAACCCUGAGUUCAGCGAAAAUUCUGCAUGCACUGCUACUGAGGUUUGGUCAGAGCUGAAGUUGCUGUGAUAAUUAAAGAUAAGUGCAAUAACCGUUUCGAUGAACGCUGGUUUCCGUCUAGCCGUGACCUUGGGUUUUGGAUGCCAACAUCCAUGUCAACGUGGAUCUACAUUUCAAGAGUUGGUGUCAUAAACUACACACUGAAUAAGUCCUGUUUUGUUUAUGGUUGGUGUUUUUUGUACAAGAUUGAAUUUAGCACUUGACAUCUCUCUGAUAAGGCCAGUAGAUUCCAAUUUUGACCCAAACUUGUUCUGAUCUUCUCAAGGUUGUUUUCAGAAGCGCUCUAUUGUUUUUCUGCCUUCUCAAGCGAUCGCCUUCAGGCAUUUCGCUGCUGUUCAUGACUGAAAUAGACUGAAAUAACUUCAAUGCACACAGCUUAACGAAAGCAAAGCUAAGGAUCAUUUUCCCCCUCACCGCUUAACUGUUUUG